AUAUGAGCCACGCCCUUACCUCGCGCAUUAUCAAGUACGCAGUCUUCUUUUCUGAAGUUCUCUCUAUCUGCUGUCCUCUCCUCUCUGACUGAGUGAUGGCUGAAAACCACCUGGAUGUAGUGGAGGGGAGAGAGUUAGAGGAUCCCAGUCGCUCCUGUACGCCCGAGAGUGUGGCUAGUACUGACCUACAGCCACAGGAACUGUAUGGGAUAGAGGAUGAAGAUGAAGAAUUAGAUGAAUCAAUAGAACAGACUAUUGCUGUUGAUUUAAAUACACUCACAGACACUGGUACCAAUGUUAAUAGACUAGAAAAGGCAUUACUGGAAGCUAGAAAGGAAUAUGAGUCAGUAAAGAGGGAGAGUCAAAUGAAGCUAGCACUCAUGAAAUCCCGACUGCACACUGCCAUAGAGAAGACCGAGCCGUUUGUGAACAUGUGGAGAAAAGCCAAAGAGUUGCAACGAGAGGCCCAUAAUGCUACCCUAGCGUUCGAGAGAGCUAACAGCGAGUAUGACUCCGCUAAAGAGACACUGAAGAUAGCGGAGAAGAGCAUUGAUGAGCUAAAAGAAUCAAGAACGGACGAGGAAGAUGAAGAGAAGCUGAGCAGAGGAGAGAGGGACCGGAGCCUGUCCCAGUCAUCUGCUACGGCCAUUGAUGAAGCUUGGCAAGAAACACUAGCCAAUGCUACACUGAGAGUGGAGAAGGCCAGUAGGAAUAAGGUAGAGAGCGAGAUUGAGCACAGGCGGCUCACCGUUGAAUAUCAAAAGAUACAGAAGGACUGUCACACUCUUGAGACUAAAUUAAAACGUACCAUUAGGAAAUCAAGACCGUACUACGAAGAGAGACACCUCUGCAACAAGAAACUAGUCGGAAUAAAGACAAAGAUAUUGUCGCUACAGAAAGACAUAGACAUCCACAAAGAGCAGUACAAGAAAACGAUGAAGCACUUGGAGUCGUUGAGUGGACUAAUGCACGAGGAACGAAUUAGAAAAAGAACUUAUAGCUCACUCGACAUCACAAGCAGCGAACCAAACCUAAUCUCAAACAGAUCCGCGACCCCAGACUUUAGUCUCAACUCUAGAAAUGCUAUCACUCCAGACUAUCGUCGUAAAGGAAAGGAGAGUAGGGGUAUCACUAAUGUACGUGUACCUCUAGCAAACGGGCAGGGAAGCACAGGGAAGCUCCAGGCAUCAGUAGGUGUGAGUAUGGUCACUGCUCAAGUAGGAGAGAGAGGAGGAGGAGGGGAAGGAGGUGUGUCGAUGAUUGAUGGUGAAGAUGUGAGACAAGUUGUGACUGAUUGCCUAACGAGGGCACUAGGACAAACUUUGUUAAAAGAAGAAGACAAUCUUCCUCAAUCUUCUUCAGAGAAUAGUCAGUACAUACCAACCAUCACUGUCUCUGUUAGUUAUGGCGCACUAGUACCGCCUGCUACUAAUGACCACACUCACUCAGCCAAAGAACUGGUUUCUUUAGUGUUGGCGAAUGCUUCUAAGCAACACGAAGCUGAAUUAGGUAAUGACACAAUCUCUUCUCCAUAAUCCUUCCCUUUGUCUCGGUCACACGCGCUUCUUCUGCCCAUUCCGUCAUUUCUCUCUCUCUCUCUUAUUCCUUGAUCUUCUCUGCUGUUAUCAUUAAACUAUAAAUGCUGUUAUGGAGGACAUAGAAUGCAAAAUAGCCAUUAUUAUUAUCAUUAUUAUUAUUAUUAUUAUAUUUAUUUUCUUACAAAACCUAAAAAAUAACACAAUUACAAG